AUGGAACAGUCAAAUAUAGAUCAAGAAAAAUCCCCUUCAAAUGAACCAGAUUCUAUAUAUAAACCGAGACCUUUGAUUACAGAACUCCCAGAUGAAGACAUUAUAGAACCUGCCCCUCCACUCACUUCAGAGUCACGGCCUCUGCUACAGAACUUGUGUCCAAUCUGCCAUAUCAACCUCCCGAUAUAUACAUGUCCAGCCUGUGAAACCCGUUCAUGUUCUCUGCAAUGCUCAAAAAAGCAUAAAGCUCAAAUGUCAUGCACAGGAGAAAUAGAUCCGGCGAAAUACCGCUCACGUAGUGCUCUCUUGUCCGACGAACACCAGUUAAAUCGUGAUUACAACUUUAUCCAGCGCAUUGACCAGCGGUUUCAUGUAUCUCUUAACAUUACUUCGGAAAAAAUGCCCCAACCAAAACGUAAACGUGGUCCUAUGGCUUCUGGGGGGAGAGGUCCUCGAGGUGGUCAAAAUAACAACAACAACAACAAUAAUAAUAAUAAUAAUAAUAUCAGUGACUUUAAACGGCAAAGAAUGUCAUCUCAAAAUUUGGCAGCCCCGCAAUUUUUUAAUAGAAACAUGACAACUGUUAAUGGCGUUCAUAUAUACCAACUGCCACCAAGUCUUUCUCGGGCUAUUUUGAAUAGAACAGGAUACUCUGGUAAAAAAACAAAAUAUUGGGCAUGGACCGUAGAAUGGAUGUAUAAAGAAGUCGAGCCUAAUCUAGAUAAACAACCCCAUAAUGAUACCAAAACUGAAAAUGAUAAUCAAAGUGUGCUAAAUUCUUUACUUAAUGCCGGUCGCAAAGCUUUUGAUGAAAAAGAUAAUGAGAAAAAAAGUGACUCUGAAAAAUCUCCUAGUAGCGAAUUUUUAACCAAAGUCUCGCACAACAUCCCCGAAACAGAGCUUCUUGGAGAAACAGCCGUGCGUUAUCUGCAUUUAAAUCCACGCAAACGUAUAAGGAUUCAAGAACUCGAAGACAAUGCCAAAGUGAAUGGUAUUCCUGAAGGUGAAACAGAUGCUGUGAUUUCAACACGUUACAGUUAUUAUCUUAAAAAGGUUCAUACCCCUGCAAACGCACCAGUUGCUAUUCUUUUAGACGGAUCUAAGAGUAUACAUGACAAUUUACAGAACCGAUCAGUCGUUGAGUUCCCGACAAUUUUUGUUAUUACAAAAGGUACAGCACUCCCGAAUCAUUACACAGUCUUAACACCUGAAGAGGACGAUUCUCUUGCGAAAAAGAACUCAAAAGAGUCUGAUAGCAGCAGUGAUAGUAGUAGCAGUGAUGACGGUAGUAGCGAUAGUGAUAGCAAUAGUGACGACGAAAGUGACGAUGACAGCGAUGAUAGUGAUAGUGAUAGUGAUAGUGAUAGUGAUAGUGAUAGCAGCGACGACGACAGUGACAGCAGUGACGAUAGUGAUAAUAAUGAUGAUAAUGAUGACAAUAACAGUGACGAUGAAAAUAAUAAAGAAAUUGAUGAAGAUAACAAUGAAAAUGACAACCACAAUGACAACGACGAACAGAAUAAAAAAGAUAUUGAUACGUUGCAGCCAGUGCCUAUAGAAACAGCUGCUGUAGCUGACGAUGAAGAAGAAGAUGAUGAUGAUGAUGACGAGCCGCCCGAAGAAUCGUCCUCCAAACCACCUGUAAAUCAUUCAGUUCUAUAA